AUGACAAUGACACCUUAUUUGAUACUGGCAAUUCACUUGGCAAAGCUCUUGCCCUCAUUGAGCAGAUCCGAAAGUCCCCUCAAGCUCAUGCGUUUUUCUGCCAUAAACUGUUUCACCAACCUUGCCAAUGAAAGCAAGGAAGUGCCAACUCUUCACAACAAGACUUACAACAACUUCAAGCUCAAUUGGAGUGAUUGGAGACACCUCAGGCUUAUUCACCGAGUCCUCAAGGAACCAGCAACAGCUCAGCAAUCGUUCUUGUCAGCAAAACACCUGACUGCAUGGAAAACGAUCCCUACACUAGAGUGCCUUGCUGAUCCAUGGAGAUCCAUGGCAGAUGACCCACAAUAUGUUCCAAUUGCUGAUACAAUUAAGGCAGGACUCAAGAAUGUCAACAAAUACUUCAAGAAAACAAAUCAAUCAGACAUGUAUUUUAUUUGUCUUGGUCAGUGGGAUACUGAAGAUGUUGCAGAUGGCAGGGCUCAUCUGGAGGCCAUGUUCAAUGACUAUUAUACACUGCCAAGUCGAACACCUACCAAAGAGCAAUCUGCUCCACCAACAAGAGCUGUAUGCAAGCACUAUGGUGACAAUUGGAUGUGCGAGGCUAUUAGGACACAUCAAACAUCAGGCCACCUUACUCACAAUCCUUGGCAAGAGCUCAACAUGUACUUGUCUUCGCCACUAGAGGAGACUGAUGACAUUGUGGCCUGGUGGGGGUGGCGCAAGCACCAAUCCCUGACUCCACUCAAAGACACUGAGACAAGAUAUGAUUCACAGAUAUUUGUAAGACAAUGA